AUGCCAAAAUAUGCCAAAUUCCUAAAGGAGCUUCUAACCAAUAGAAGGAAGAUGGAUGAAGUAAAGGAAGUAGUUCUUAAUGAGAAUUUCUCAGCUGCCAUGUUGAACAAGCUACCAAAGAAGAAGGGUGACCCGGGAAGCUUAACAUUGCCUUCUCAAUUUGGGAAUUUGGCCACCAUUCAUGCUUUGGCCGAUUCAGGAACAAGUGUAUACCUCAUGCCUUAUUCAUUUUUCAACAAACUAGAUCCCCCGGAACCAAGGCCAAUCCGAAUAGCAAUCCACUUAGCAAACAAAACUAUUACAUUUCCAAGAGGAAUAUGUGAAGAUCUAUUGGUGAAGGUAGAUAAGUUCGUGUUUCCCGCGGACUUUAUAAUUCUAGACAUGGAAGCGGAUCCUCAAGUCCUGAUCAUCCUUGGAAGACCUUUCCUUAACACCGCAAGCGCUAUAGUUGACAUGCGAGAUUCAAAACUUACUCUACGGGUGGGGGAUGAUUCAGUCACUUUUGGGGUUGAUCAAGCCAUGAAGCAUGCAAGGCAUAGUGAUGACACGGCAUUUUCAAUUGAUAUGUUGGAUGAAUUGAUGGAGGAAUGGCAUAAUGAAGAUCCAAACAAGUCCGCCAUGGAGCAACCUACUCGCCGAGUAGACUCGACCUACUCGCCGAGUUCAUUUGAAGAAUCCCAAGGAAUCGCGAAUUCUGCACCGGACUCGACGAGUCCCUUACCUGUACUCGACGUAUUCAGCAUGCAGAACGCAAAAACUGUGCUCAAGGCAUUACCAGAUCACUUGGAGUAUGCAUUCCUUGAAGAUGGUCAACAAAAACUAGUUAUAAUAGCUUCUGACCUCUCUAAAUCUGAAAAAGAAGAAUUAGUUAAAGUCUUGAAGAAUAGGAAGAGUUCCAUUGCAUGGAGUAUCACUGAUAUCAAGGGAAUAAGCCCCUCUUAUUUCUUUCACAAGAUCAACCUGGAAGAAGCAGCAAAGCCGGUAGUGCAACACCAAAGAAGUUUAACCCGCACAUGCAAGAAGUGGUCAAGAAGGAAGUAG